AAAUAUGCAGUGCCAAAGCUGGAGUAAUGUGGUUUAUCCAGUUGGGCCCAACUUUGCAUGAAUCUCAUUUAAGCGUGGGUUCCAGGAAAAAAGUCGAGUCUGUUUUGGAUUUUGCAAACAGAAGUAAAGUCGGUUGUUUUGGGCUUCUUUUGGCAACCCUGCUCCAAACUUUCACUUUAAGAAGGCGCGUCUACGCUGCAGUGUAGUGUGUUUAUUGCAGUCCUUAAAGUGGCACAUGGAAACCAUAGCAGAUCUCUACAUGGCACAAGACUGUAGGUCUACAUUUCCUGCCUGUCCGGUGUGAGGAAACGCGUUGGAGAAAUUGAUCCACUGUGCAUAUCCCUGUAGCUCGUCUUGACUAUUUUUAUCUGUGGCGGUAGCACCCACGGCGUAUGCGGCAGCGUGAGAGCUCCUCUCACCAAGGCGCACAGCGAGAGGAUUCGUGGAUUUUAGACAGACGGGUAGUGGUAGUGGUGGUGGUGGGCGCGGGGCCAGACGAGACAUGAAAUAGUCAACCGGUGAAGCCGUCAGAGGUGAAGCACAUUGGGACGUAAGUGAAAUGGAGGCACCGCCGGGGACAAGCUGCUGUGAGCGCACCUUGGCCAAACGGGAGUAACCGAACCGUGAAACGGGUUGGGGAUGGCAGCAUCCAGUAACUCAAGCCUCUCAGGUUCAUCUGUGUCCUCCGACCCUGAGGAUUACCAACCACCCAUAUGGAAGUCCUACUUGUACCAGCUACAGCAGGAAGCCCCAAGACCAAAGAGGAUCACAUGUCCUCAGGAGAUGGAGAGCAGACCCAAAUACUAUGGCAGAGAAUUUCAUGGUAUGAUCCCUCGAGAAUAUGCAGAUGAGCUGCUAGCAGGAGUAGAGGGUGCUUACCUCAUCAGGGAGAGCCAAAGACAGCCAGGGACACACACCUUGGCCUUAAGGUUUGGGCACCAGACCCUCAACUACAGGCUGUUCUAUGACGGGAAACACUUUGUCGGCGAGAAGAGGUUCGAGUCGGUCCAUGACCUCGUGACAGAUGCCCUCAUCACUCUCUACAUCGAGACCAAGGCAGCAGAGUACAUUGCCAAAAUGACCACCAACCCCAUCUACGAGCAUCUUGGUUAUACCUCGCUUCUCAAGGACAAGAUGGUGCACAGGCUGAGCCGUGGACGCACAGGGCCCCGCAGGGUCACUUUCCAGAGAGACGAAAGGAUCUCCUCACCUCUGGUGCGACGGAGUGCCUUGAAAGACACACCAGAGAAUCAGUGCUCCUAUGAGAAAAUCCACAACUUCAAGGUACAUACCUUUCGAGGGCCACACUGGUGCGAGUACUGCGCUAACUUCAUGUGGGGCCUCAUUGCCCAGGGUGUCCGCUGCUCAGAUUGUGGACUGAAUGUACAUAAACAGUGCUCCAAACUGGUUCCAAGCGACUGCCAGCCGGACCUGCGCAGGAUAAAGAAAGUGUUUAGCUGUGACCUCACCACGCUUGUCAAAGCUCAUAACACAACGCGACCCAUGGUGGUUGACAUGUGUAUUCGAGAGAUAGAGCUGAGAGGUAUGAAAUCUGAAGGUCUCUACCGAGUGUCUGGCUUCUCAGAGCACAUAGAGGACGUGAGGCUCGCCUUCGACCGAGAUGGUGAAAAGGCAGACAUUAGUGCCAAUGCCUAUGCAGACAUCAACAUCAUUGCUGGUGCUUUGAAGCUCUACUUAAGAGACCUUCCCAUUCCAGUCAUUACAUUUGACUUGUAUUCCAAAUUUAUUCAAGCUGCGAAAAUUCCAAAUGCUGAGUCCAGACUGGAGGCCAUCCACGAGGGUUUGCUGCAGCUCCCCCCAGCCCACUAUGAGACCCUACGAUACCUGAUGGCUCACCUCAAGAGGGUGACAAUGUUCGAGAAGGACAAUUUAAUGAGUGCUGAAAAUCUGGGGAUUGUUUUUGGUCCAACGCUUAUGCAGCCACCGGAGCAGAAUGCCUUGACAACCCUGAAUGACAUGAGGCAGCAGAAGCUAGUGGUACAGCUUAUGAUAGAGCAUGAAGAUGUCUUAUUCUGAGGACGAGGCAUGUAGGGCUUGCAAGAGAAACGAAGGACAAUUAUUUAUUCUGUUAAAGAGGAAAUUCAAGCCACCUUGAUUCUAAUGAAGUUUCAGAAUAGCUUGUAAUCAAAUUGAACUUGAGACGCUUCUUUCUCGCAUGACUGUUUUAGUUGAAGUUGGUUUAGUGUUGACAUUGUCUUGUUAAUGUAAGUUUUGGGUUUCCAUGCUCAGCCAAGACCAUCAUUUUUAUAUUAGGGAAUGAUCCCGUAUUUUUAACUGUCUACAGUGCUCUUCCCUCUUUUAAUUUGAAGACUGUCACUACCUGGUGUAGACUCAGUCAUGAUGACAGCACUGUGUGAAAUCUGCCUCAGGCAGAUUGUCAAUCAGUGUAGGCCUGGUGCUGUAUAAACCAAGCCUCACAGCAGCAGCCAAGUUUACGUUCCCAUAUGACAUGUGUGCAUAUUUGGAUUUUUGUGGGAACACUGGUUAAAAAUGUAAUGAAACAAUGUGGAUCAUUUCAUUGUAGAUAAAAUCAGAUCAUGUAAUGAUCAAUAUUUUAACUGUGCGUACUAAAAAAUGAGAGAUGAGACAAUUGGGCGCUCAUGCAGCACUUUUUUGCAACAAGUGUAAAGAUUUAUUUUGUAAAGAUGUUUAUUUUUGUCUUUUACUCUGCAUCAUGUUCUGUCACAAUAAUAUAUGCUGUUGAGAAUGAUGUUUGUUGAAUUGAUGUCUAAAUACAAAACAAGAAGAACGCAAGAAGAAAAGUCAGAAGAACGACAGAUUGCGGAUCUACCAUUUUCAUUUUUAAUGUGUUCAGUGUUAUGCAAGAAAUACAAAGGUGGUGAAAUACUGGUCAUUAAUUCACAUGUUAUUUUGCAGACUGCACCACAGGAGCGAAGCUCUUCUCGGUUUUGCAGUAGUUCUGUUUACAUGCUGUAAUUAUGGCCCUUCUUUCCCAUUUUUUUUAUGCCAGUAACAUCGCUCGGUGCUGCUGUAGUUGUCAUUCACUUCACAGUGCCAUAGAAGUUAACAGUCACACUAAAGCUGCACUGAGCAUGUUUCAUCACAGUUUGUUUGACGUGAUUGAGUCCUUUCUACAAAUCCAUUUUAUCAAAAUGUAUUUUUGUGACGGUUGCAGUUAAAAAUGUAAUUUAUCAAAUGAUGAUUUAUUAAAGGAUGUAAAACUUCAGUUUAAAAUCGUGA